AUGUGCAACCCUAAUUCUGGUCGGCAUGACAAAUCCCUGGCCGUGAUAUUCCUUUUUUUGGGGGUCCAUUUCUUCAUCACCUUCUCAUUUUCUCUCUUUUCUUUCUCAUUCUUUCUCUUUUGGCUUAUAUUUAUUUUCUAUUUAAAAAAAAAAAAUCUUUUUCUUCCUUCUUUUCCUCCGUUCUCUUUCUUUCACUGCUUUUCUUGCACUUGGAUUUCUCCCCCUCUCUCUUUUAUCUCUAUAUUUUCGCCCCCUCUCUCUUUUAUUUUCUCUUUUUGCAUUCCAUCUGCUACACUCUCUUCUACUCUGAUGAUUUUUUUCUCUCUUUCUCUUAAGAUCCAUCUUCGUUUACCCCUCAAGACGUUUUUUCUUCAUUCUUCGCUUUUAACACACUCACUCUUCCUAGCCUCUCUCAUUCUCUAUCUAAUCUUAAUUAAAUCUCUAAAAGAAUAUCUAAAACCCCUAAGCCUGCCUCUAACCGCUAAUCAUAUACAUUUACUUUUUCUCUCGUCUUCAGAUAAGACUGUAUUCUUUUCUUUCUUUCUUUCUUUCUUUCUUUCUUUCUUUCUUUCUUUCUUUCUUUCUUUCUUUCUUUCGUUUAUUUCCUUCUUUCUUUCUUCUAUUUCUCCCUCUCAAUCACAUUUACUUUCUCUCUCGUCUUUAGAUAAGACUAUAUUACUGUAUUCUUUUCUUUCUUUCUUUCUUUCUUUCUUUCUUUCUUUCUUUCUUUCUUUCUUUCUUUCUUUCUUUCUUUCGUUUAUUUCCUUCUUUCUUUCUUCUAUUUCUCCCUCUCAAUCACAUUUACUUUCUCUCUCGUCUUCAGACACCACUACAUUCUUUUUCUUUCUUUAUUUAUUUCUUUCUUUCUUUCUUUCUUUUUUCUUGCUUUCAUUUUUCUAUUUCUUUCUCUUUUCUAUUUUUCCCUCAUUCCUUACUUCUUUCUUUCUUUCUUUCUUUCUUUCUUUCUUUAUUUAUUUAUUUAUUUAUUUAUUUAUUUCAAUCACAUUUAUUUUCUCCCUUGUCUCUAGACACCACUUUCUUUCUUUCUUUCUUUCUUUCUUUCUUUCUUUCUUUCUUUCUUUCUUUCUAUUUUAUAUCCCUUUAUUUUUUCUUUUCAUUAGCUGUCUCCUUCUUUCUUUCUUUCUUUCUUUCUUUCUUUUUUCUUUUUCUUUUUCCUUCUUUAUUUUUCUUCUUUCAUUUUUCUUUUCUUUCUUUUCUUUUCUCCUUAAUUUUGCUUUCUUUCUAGACAUUUCUUUCUUUCUUUCUUUCUUUCUUUCUUUCUUUCUUUCUUUUCAUACUUCAAGAUUUUUUUCUCUGCAUCUUUUUGCCCUAUUCUCCUCCUCUCUUUUUCUCCUUCUUUUUUUUCUUUUACACACUUUUAUAUUCUUUUUGUCGCCCCCUCUCUCUCUCUCUCUCUUUCUCUACGCUUUUCUCUUUAAUUCCAUAUUCUUUUUCUCUCUUUCUAUACGCCUUUCUCUAACUCCCUUUUCAUCUUUGUGGCACUCUCUUUUCAACGUCAUUCUCUUUAACUCCUCCUUACGUCUCUCUUCUUCUAUCCCUCUCUAUUUAACGCCUUUUUGUUACUUUUCUUUUGUCUUUUUUUCUCUCUCUUUUUUAGACCCUUACCCUUUGUCCUACCUGUCUCUAGUAUCACCUCGAAGCAAAUUCUAUUCGUCUCUCUACUCCUUAUAUUCCAGCACUCAUUUGAUAUGUGCUUCUCCGCUGCAUGUCCAGUUUAUUUUGCCCGCCGUUGUAAAUCACAGAUUCCCGAUUCUUUCUAUACGCAAUUCUAAUGUAAUUCCAACGACGUCUCUUGUGUAUUUCCACCGCACUGACGUAAUUAGUGAAACAAUAUAA